AUGACGCAUCGUAAGAAAAAUGAAACGUCUGAGACAGAACUUGAUUUUGUAUCGCGCACGUGCGAUCCGUGCAAGUUUGAGAACACUGAGUCCACGGCACAGGGCUUCUGUCGGACGUGCCGUGAGUACCUGUGCGAGAAGUGUGAGAAGUUCCACAAGAAGUUCCAGGCGACGCGGUCACACAAGAUCGUACACGGGAUUCUCAUGCCAAAACCGGUCCAGGCUCACAUGAAGUCGUGUGAGUUCCACCGCAACAACCCAGUGGAAUACUACUGUAAGGAUCAUAAUGACGUCAUCUGCGCGGAGUGCAAGGAGUUGAAACAUAAAAUCUGCAUGGGCGUGGUGUCGCUCGCCUUCUUCCAGAGCACCGAGACGGGAAAAGACAAGUUUGACCAUGUCACUAAAAAGUUAGAAAAAACAAUUGAUGACUUUAAAAAUGUUUUGGAGCUGCGCAAGCUUGAUAAGGAAGACUUGGAUAAACAGAAGGAUACUUGCCAGAAGAGAAUAUGGGAACUAAGGGCCGAUUUUAAUACGUAUUUAGAUAAUUUAGAGAAAGAAUUGCACGAAGAACUCAACGAAAUCCAUGCAGAGGAGACUAAGAUUAACAAAGAACACGAACUGAUAUGUGAAAAGUCAGUAGAAAUACUCGAAGGGUCUCUUGAAACCGUUUCAGGCGUGGUGAAGACGGAAGAUCCAGUAGCAGCGUUUGCGACCUACACGAAAGCAAAUAAGAAGGUAAAUGAAUAUAGACGAGUCCUAAAGGACGUCAAGCGUGACGCAAGGACGGUUGAAAUCAAACUGGUACCGGCUAAGGAACUUGCAGAAUGCAUGCAGAAGAUGAUUUGCUUGGGAAAUAUUCAAACGUUGAUUGUACCAAAGACAUAUCACCUCAAGUUGAAAGAACUUCGCAAGGAGAACAUGCGCGUAGUAGAGACUCUUGUACAUUCCGUGCGCAUGCCCGGCGACGACGAAAAACACGAUUGUGAAGUGACCGGGUCCACCUUCCUCCAGGAUGGCAGUUUGGUGGUGUGUGACAAACACAAUUACAAGGUUAAACUGUUGGAUAGGUUAUUUAUCUGCAAGCAUUCUAUUAAACUUGACGGUGCACCAUGGGAUGUCGCAGAGGUGAACACAAAAUGGAUUGUAACAACACUUCCGUUUGCAAAGAAACUCGUUUUUCUCCAAGCGGAUGUGGAUGCCGGGCUGUUGAAGGGGCGCUCGAUUCAGACCGAUCGGAUGUGCUGGGGCAUCGCCGUCACAGCCACUGACAUUAUAGUCUCAUGUCACGAUAACCCCGGAAACGGUAAAAUACAUAUACUGGAUAAAAGAGGUCACGCAAAAAAUGUACUGGGAGCAAAAGCGGAAGAAGCGUCCUAUAUAUUCGAUCUACCGUCUUAUUUAGCAGUCAGCGCCGACGGAGAGAAGUUAUUCAUCGCGGACGGCGAUCUGAAGCGCACGGUGACUUGCAUGUCGAAAAAGAACGGUGAGAUCAUAUACGACUAUAGCGUGUCUCCAUUCGGCUACUCUAAGACGACAAACAUCUCGGAGUACCAGAACCCCUGGUCCUUCAAGAUCAUUGUCGAUGAGGAGGAUCACGUGUUCGCCAACCUCGGCGACAAGGACAUGAUCCAGGUGAUUACAGACAAGGGCCUCAAAGACAAGACCUUGCUAAGGAACACAGAAAAGCUGUUCGGACCGCACACGAUGUCGUACAGAGAAACGGACGCCUGUCUGGUAAUUGGGCUUUGGGACCAGGUGCAGUCCUUCCGCUUUAAAGAGAUUGAAAUUAAGACGUAG